UUGGCGGACCUCAGAGUAGGCGUGUUCCCGGCCAAGAAAAACAUGAUCUCCCCCGUCCUGUUGCUCCUGCUCCUCCUUGCAGCCUGCUAUACCCAUGAGGCUGAGCAGACCACCGGCUGCCACAGGCUCAUCACUGACCAGCACCUGAGAAACCUGACGGAUAUGCGUGACAGCCAGAUGAUGACCACCUGCAAGCAACUUGUUCUCUAUGUGGACAAGAAUGAGCUGGGCAAUACCGAAUGCUUUCUCAAAGCAGCAUAUGCUCCACUAAAAACAAUCAUUCAUGCAAUUAAAUUCAAGAGGAACUCUCCAAACUCCAAGAAACUAGAAGAUGUGAAAGAUCUACACUUGAAACUUGCAACCUGCUUCAAUUCCUAUGAUGAUGAUGAGAGCAAGCGUUGCGUCAAGAGUGUCUAUCUGACUGCAGAGGAGGUGCUGAAUUGGGUGCACAAUUAUUUUAGAGAAGCCCAGGAAUUCCUCUCCAAAGGAAAGUUCAUCCAGGACUGCAGCAGCGUCUUUCAGAAUUGUUUAGAUUCUCAGGAAAAGGAGACCCCCUCUCCAGGUGUGGUGACUGACCGGGAUUGCGAGUGUCCAGCCACAAGCCCCAUCUAUGGGGGAGGCUCGGCUUCUGUUCUUCCGGCCUCUGAGCCCUUCUCUUCCAUGGCAGACCAGCUGGACAGCAAGGAGACAGCUGCCAGCACUCUCCAGCUACCUGGCACCACACAGAUGCAAAGCGGGUCAGAGGGUAGUACCAGGCCCAGGGUGCUUAGGAGCACCCAUGUGAACCGAGGAACUGCAGAGAGCAUGGAUUUCAGGGCUGACACUGAUGCUGUUACGUCCCCGUCACCAGAAGAACUGGCAUUGUCAUCUGUAUCACAGGGACCUGACUCUCUGCCUAUGAACACUGCACCCCUCCUGGAUCCAGCCAUUAUCCUGCACCCCACGCUCAAAAAUGUUCCUCCCUCCCCUUCUAGCCAGCAACACUUUGAAUCUGUGGACACCAAGUCUCUUCCCCCUGGUUCUGGAGCUGGCGGCAGCCAGACGUGGCCCAAUGAAUUACCUUCUCCGCGUUCCCCUCUCUCUGGUGGAGCCAAACCCUCCCUUGGUGAGCAGUGGCUUUGGACAAGAGAAACCGAUGGGGCCAUGAUUCCAAGGCCUGCAUCUGAUUGGGACAGAACUGUUACCAGCAGUAUGCCCCGCCGAGCUCGGCCAUCUUUUGCCAGUGUGGAGCCAGUGGACGGCUCAGGGGUGCCCUCCAGUGGCAACUGGGUAACACUCCCACCCCGUGACGCAGAACUCUUCCCCGUCCUUGGCUCUGAGGAUCCAGUCUCUGCAGCACAGCAUCCUCCUAGAUUGGCAGUCACCACAGAGAGUUCAGCGUCUACUCCUGUGGGUAGCUACCCCCAGGGGGAGCAGUGGAGCAGAGGCAGAGCCCCAGGAGUGCAGGAAAGCACCCAGCUCCGAGAGAGGCGAGCGGAACGAGAAGAGGGCCUGGCCGAGGGCAGGGAGCCAGAGGACAGCGUGCCGGGGCCCAGCUUUGAUCAGAGUUUCCUUCCUCCGAACACAGACAAGCACUUCAAGAAGUCAGGACCCAGAGAUACCCAAGGGAUGACUGUGACUUAUGUGACGGUGCCCAGUGUCCUGGGAAUCCUGCUGGCGGUGGGAGGCCUGCUGUUCUACUUACAUAGAUCCAGGAUCCUAGCAAGGAGGCGACAGCAGAGGAAUGAGAGCAAUGAUGAAAGAGUAGAAGAAGGAAGGCCGCUAAAUGGAAGGGAGGAACAUGUAGAGUUGCAGAUCCAGGAGGAACUAUGAGCUUCACCCUUCCCUCUGAGAUGAGAAACUGCCUAGGGCGUGGACAGUGAGUUCCUCUUUUAAAGUAUGGCCUUCUUGCUACUAUUGGGAGAAGUUAAUGCAGACUGGACUCUGGGAAUUGAAGCAUUUGCAGUAUUUUCCCAUGAAGAAUGCUUUCUCUUCCCCACCUUUUUUAAUGAUGGAAAGGGAUACAACAGGAAAUGGACACUAUUUAUUUCUGGCACUGAAGGUUGGCUUUCACAGUUAUGCAAGCUGCCCUGUUUCUGCCAGUCAACGGAUGCUGAAGCUUGAGGAGCAGGAAGGAAGCUGUCUGGAAACUGGACUUCAAAACCCCUCUUCUGAGAGCGUGGGGAGGGUUUCUACUAGGAACCACUGUGUCUACUGCUUCCUGGAAUGGAAAGGGUGACCUCUCCUCCAGAGAGUCCCUUUCGGAGGCAGAGCCUGCAGUUUGAACAGCCGCGUCUCUGGGCAAGAAUGAAAACUGUUCAGCCAACACUUCCAGAGCUCCUGGCUCCUUCCUUGAACUGUAGAAGAUAUUAGGAUCUCAGCCCCUCUAUAUUUUCCUUGCCAUACUCACUAGUGAUAUGGAUCACAGCAACCUGUGGUUGCUCAAGGGAGAACAGGCACUUUGUCCCUCUGUUAACCCCCUUUUUAAAGUGUAAGUGUGUGUGUGUGUGUGUGUGUGUGUGUGUGUGUGUGUGUGUGUGUGUGUGAUGUAGCUGAGAUCAAGAGAUCUAUCUCCCUGCAAAACUUCCUCCACCGUUGACCCUUAACUCCCUACAUAGCCGAAUGCAUGACUAGGAGAAAGUUCAUAUUGGUUAUCCCAGUGCCCUUCUGUGUUUGUUCACUCCCAGCAUCCAUCUUUUAACCCCAACAUAUAAUAAAACGGGACCCACUUUUAUUCUUAAUGUCUUACUAGAAUUUGGGGUCACCUAAUAAAAUUGUUUUUAACUGUAGGACAGAUUUUUAAAAGUACUUCUUCAUACAGUGCAACUUGGGAAAUGCGCUGUCUCAAGAAGUAGCGACGGCCAGUAGUUUGGGUGGCUUUAAAAUGGGGAUAGGCAAAUACGUGGAGGCGGAUAUGUCUAUCAGUAGCUAUAUUGAACCCCCAGAUUCAGGGGCAAAUGUGCCUUCUAAUCCCAGUUGCUGGGGUAGUGUCAAAGGAGGAGGGAGCACCAUCAUGUUCCUGUCCUGCUUGUGGGCUUCUUUGGCAGCCCUUAAGCUGGCAUCUUUAGACACAGGAGCCAGUAGAGGCGGCUUUGCCCAGGAGGGCCAUAAUUCUUCCCUUCCCUGUGCUCCUCCUCCCACAUUGCAGUAGAGAGCUGAUCUGCAGAAGGCAAACGGGGAAGUUGCCAUCGUCCAGUUCUGAAGUGAAGCAAAGCUAUUGUACUAUGAAUGGCUACGUGUUUUUCUGCCAUGUUCAAAGAACAUUCCAGCCCCCCAUCUAGAAACUCAGUUGUGGGGAGUGUGUAUGUGGGGGGGGAGCUGUCCCGAUGGGCAGGCUUGCCAUCAUGUGCCUCAUCUCAAACCCUCCCUUUUACUUCUGUCUUUGACCUUUUGCCCUCUCCUGAUCAUAGGAAGCCCUGUGAGGAUGACCCUGAGCUGGCCUCAGGAUGACAAUGGUGCCUUUACCAUUUGCGCUUGAAUGUACCAGAUUAAGUUGUGAUAAUUUGUUGGACUGGAGGGAAGUGUGGGCGCAACUCGCCAGGCCCUGCGGGAAGCUGUUCACUAACUAGUGCCACGUAUGUUGCUUUAUUGAUGGGAGCAUGUUUGCAAAGGCUUUUGAUUUCUCUUCAAUGUGCCAGUGAACCAUACUCUGCUUUAUAGUGCGGCUGCAACGUCUUAAACAACUGGGGUGUGUGGUCCUCUGUGUAGGAUUCACAUUCUGGUGUUCCUAGCUAAUCCAAUAACCCCUGCAGAACUUGUCAAUGUUCACCUUACCUUGUGUUGAAAGAAGGAGCUAUUGGCUCUCAGUGAAACACCAUCUGCUACCUUUUUUUCCUCCCUCCCCAGUUUAGCUGCUAUAAUUCAUGGAGAGCUUGCCCACACCACAAGAGGCUGGCAAGCACCCCCUGUUCUUAGCAGCAGGGAUUGUGGAGGUUUAGAAGUCUAGUUGUCAGUAGUUUG